AUGUUCUUCAGUGGCAGCACGGGUUGGAACCGCCCUGGCAGCUCGCACCAGGAGAGCAGAGACGACAACCUUCUUGCCGCAGUACUGGGAUGGGUUGGCGCCCAGCUGGGUGUUGUUCAUGGCGACGAUGUUGUUGGUGUUCAUCUGGUUAAGAGAGAGCAGGGUCUCGGAGCUGCACAUGACUCCACCCAUGUUCUGGUACUCGAAGGUGGUACCGCAGGCAUCGACCUGCUCGAUGUCGUAGUAGUAUGUGCCGAAGCCUUCGCCGCUGGAAAUGACGGACUGGGCAGAGGCGCCGAGGGCGAAGAGCAGACCCGCUGCGACAGUGGAUUGGAACAUCAUGAUGUUUAA